UGCGCCUACCUUUUUAAAAGUUUCGUCUUCAAGUGUAGACUGUAGUCUGUAGAGUGUCAGUGUGUCUAGUUCUCUGGCAUCUUCGCUUGCUCUGUACACGCUUGCCUUUUUCACUGCUCUCCCUCUCCUCCUUACCCUGGAAUGGUCUCCUUUUUCGAGGAUCGAGUAUUCUCGAGUUCACGUUUUACUCCAGCACAAGGUCCUUAACCCGUUCGUGUCAUGUCUUUCAUUUUCAUUUAGUUUCAUUUUAAUCUUUAUGUCUAUUUUCCUUUCUUGUAUUUCUUCGAGUCCAUCUCUCCGUUGAUUUAUAGUAUUAUCAAUCUCGUAUCAGGUUUGUAUUAUUUUACUUCACUACCUUAUCCCUAAAGCUUGAAUACUUCCAAAUAUAUUUUUCUUUUAUAUUUCAAAAAUUUUUAAUAUUUGUUUUAAUAAUCUCACCCGAGCCUGGGUUUUAGCUAGCUGUUGAGCUGUAAAACCGGAUUCUAAGUGCCUUUUCCACCUUACCUUGUGGGGUUAUGUCGAUGUGAAGUUCUUUGUAGCAACGUGACAAUCAUGGGUACCAUUACGUUUGUGUUUUGAUGUGGGAUUCACCGUAAAAGCUGUUGUUUUUCUCGUGUACUGGUUAUGUUUCUUAGAUCAGCUCCUCAUAUUUCCUUUUCCGGCACCAUUUGGGUAUUCAAUAUAGCCAGUAAAUUUGAGCUCCCACUCCCUUGGUUUCGUGGGUCUUUUGCGUAGAAGCUGGUUCGCAGACUUGAAAAAGAUCAUGGGGUGGUUUUCGUUGGCUAUCGGAUUGGUUUCAUUGUGCUCAAUGGUAUGCACGGUGAGUGGUAUUGGUGCCAACUGGGGAACACAGGCAAGCCACCCUCUGCCUCCAGACACAGUGGUGAGGCUGCUGAGAGAGAACGGAUUUCAAAAGGUUAAGCUUUUCGAUGCGGAUUAUGGGGCAUUGAGAGCUCUAGGUAAAUCUGGGAUUGAGGUCAUGGUAGGGAUUCCUAAUGAUAUGCUUCAGUCUCUGGCCAGCAGCGUGAAGGCUGCUGAGAAAUGGGUUGCCAAAAAUGUCUCCACGCACAUCACGUCUAAUAAUGUUAACAUCAGGUAUGUUGCAGUUGGAAAUGAACCGUUCUUGGAAACAUACAACGGAAGCUUCCUCAAAACAACUUUCCCUGCUCUGCAGAAUGUCCAAUCUGCACUGAUAAAGGCCGGUCUUAGUAACCAAGUCAAGGUAACAGUCCCCCUUAAUGCUGACGUAUAUGCAAGCUCAACUGGCCUCCCUUCCGGUGGUGACUUCAGAGCUGAUAUCCACGACCUAAUGCUAGCCAUUGUCAAGUUCUUGAGUGACAAUAGUGGCCCCUUUACCGUGAACAUCUACCCAUUUAUAAGCCUCUACAUUGACCCCGACUUCCCUGUUGAGUAUGCCUUCUUUGAUGGCAAUGCAUCACCUAUAAAUGAUGGUGGGACGUCCUAUUACAAUAUGUUUGAUGCAAAUUAUGACACACUUGUGUGGGCCCUACAAAAAAAUGGGUUUGGAAACUUGCCAAUCAUAGUUGGUGAGAUUGGGUGGCCGACUGAUGGAGAUCGGAAUGCUAACCGAAUCUAUGCUCAGAGGUUCAACCAAGGUUUUAUGUCUCAUAUAUCGGGUGGAAGAGGGACCCCUAUGAGACCUGUGACAGUCGAUGCAUAUCUAUUUAGUUUGAUUGAUGAGGAUGCUAAGAGUAUUGAUCCAGGAAAUUUUGAACGCCACUGGGGGGUAUUUACUUAUUAUGGGGUACCAAAAUACCCACUUAACCUUGGUACCACAAAUUCAGGAUCCUUGGUUCCGGCAAGAAAUGUGGACUUCUUGGAUCGCAAGUGGUGUGUGAUGAAGCCAUCGGCUAAACUUGAUGACCCACAAGUGCAACCAAGCGUGAGUUAUGCCUGUGGACGUGCUGAUUGCACUAGCCUUGGCUAUGGGACAUCUUGCGGAAAUUUGGAUGCUCGGGGGAACAUCUCUUAUGCAUUUAACAGUUACUACCAGAGGAAUAAUCAACUUGAUGCUGCCUGCAAGUUUCCCAACCUUUCGAUGAUCACUAAAACCGACCCCACAGUUGGAGAUUGUAGAUUUGGGAUAAUGAUCGAACCAUAUUAUGGAGGUGCAGAAAGGACACUUGGAUGUCUCCAAAUGCCAGUGAGUUUGGUUUCUGGCCUCGGUCUCUUUUUGCUAACACUUCUGUGAAUUAGGCCUCAUGUUCCCGGGGCAUUAUUUUUCCUCAAUUAUUCUCAUGUGCUUUGUAGCCCAGUGUAGGGGAAGCUAAGAUUAGCAGCUGAUAAACGGCAUAACUCGGUAGUAUCUAGAGGGCAAACAUUUUAUCGUAUGUAUUCAUUUCUGAAGUCAGACUGCAUUUGUUGAGUCGCGCAUGGCAUAAUCUUAUGGAUUGUGGCGGACAA